AUGAGCCGUGGCUCCCCUUCACGCACUGGACUGUGGUCCCCCGCUACCGAUCUGCGCAGCUCUUCGUCGUAUCCCACAGGUGUGACAGUGAUAGAACCUGACGUCUCCCAACAGUCGGUGCGUUCUCCCAGAAGUCCGCCUAGGACCACUUCUAGGCGGAGUGAGACUCUACCCCUAUCAUCAUCCCGGACGUCCAGCGGUGGAAGCGACACGGAGAGUGUCGCCUCCAUCGAGACGAAUAUCACGUAUGGUGAACCUGAAUCCCCCGAAGUGGAUCUCUCUAGUCUCUACAUCAGUACCGCCAGCUCCCCUGCAUGCAGCGCCCGAACGCCUUCAGCGCCGAGUUCGGCCUCAACCCCGUCUUCUGGUCGGGGCUCUGACCGCCCUCGGCGCAGAAAGGUCUACGCCAGCCAGAGUGUCCAGACCGCGCUGCAGAUGCACAAUAGCACGCCCCCAACUCCGCGCGCCACCCCUCCUCAUAGCGCAACAUCAACCCCACGCGUCACCCAUAGCAGUAUGUCGACGCCGCGCGCCACUCCCCCGCCGACAACAAGCACCAUGAAUCGUAGCUUGGCCCGCUCACACAGCGAGGGCCACGACAACUACUGUCAAUGCCACGCACCGGCCCCAGCGACGUGCGGGUCGUGCCAGCGCCCGAUUGCCCCGCCGUCGACUGCAGUUUCGUCUCCCCAGCACGUCUCCCGAACGACGCUCAAUACCCCCCGCCGUGCGGCGCCUCUGAGCCCACUAGGCUUGGGGCUGAUGCAGCCGAUGCAUGCGUCGAAUCUGGUGUACGAAGGCGCACAGGACCCGCGCUCGCCAAUGCACCGGAGCACCCCGACGCCGUCGACCGUGCCGGUGUUCCACCGUCCCUCGCCGUCGACGUCGACGAUGUCGAUCUCUGCGACGCUCUUCGUGUCGUGA